CUUCAGAGGGUAAGAGAAAUCGAGAGUUCGAGACCUACUGUGCAUCAUUACAAUAUCUUCUCUCAUCCAAUUCAUCUUCCCUUUUCAAUCAAUCAAUCGCAAAUCGGAGAAGGCAUAAUAAGGCGACGAGGCGUGGAGAUAUUUUGACUCUGUCCAAUUGCAAUCCGAACUUGUGGAACUUAAUCUUGGUGUGAGAAAGAUGAACCAUACUAGUCAGGGUCAACAACAGCCUGAAGGAAGACAUGACGAUGAUACUGCCAUCGCUGACUUCCUCACUUCAUUGAUGGAUUAUACUCCCACAAUUCCUGAUGAAUUAGUGGAGCAUUACUUGGCUAAAAGCGGGUUCCAAUGUCCUGAUGUUCGAUUAAUUAGGCUGGUUGCAGUUGCUACACAGAAAUUUAUUUCAGAUGUUGCCACUGAUGCUCUUCAGCAGUGCAAGGCAAGAACAGCUGGCAUUGUCAAAGAUAAACGAGAUAAGCAGCAAAAGGAUAAACGCUUAAUCUUGACAAUGGAUGAUCUUUCAAAAGCUCUACGAGAGUAUGGUGUAAACGUCAAACACCAAGAGUACUUUGCUGAUAGCCCAUCUGCGGGGGUAGAUCCUGCAUCAAGGGAAGAAUGAUUGGAUGUCUCGGGGAAAGGUCUUCACAGACUCUUUCGACAUCAGAUGGUUGUGAAAUCUAUCUCUGGCCUCUAAGAUUCGCUACCAAAUUGCUACUAAAUGCUAUUAAUUCAACUAGUCGUACGAUACCUUUGUCUAUUUAUAUAUGCUUCGCUAUUAGUAUGUAGCUACCAUUUGUCAUGAGAUUGCAGCAGCUUAGGUGGUGAGGCUUUAAUGUUGUGAAUAAUUCUCAUCCUGGUUUGAUUGAUGCUCUUCUGACUUAACAAUGCAGUAUUUGAACUUUUUAGGUGCCUAA